GACCGGACAGACGUCUCACGUCGUCGGUUAUAACCUUUAACGCCGUGUGUAAUUUUUCGAACACGUUGUGCACAGUGAGUUGAGCAGAACAACGAACUGUUGCACUCGAGUGUUGUACCGGGUGUGUCUGUGAAUUUUUUAGCGAUAGUUGCAUCUACCGACUGCAACGUCGGCCCUUUUUUUAGUAAUAAUGAGUUCACAAAAAGGCAACGUCAAGAGGACCAGACCUCCAAAGCAUCAGAAUACAUUUGCAUUCAAAAAUUCCAUGCACGACACCUCACACAUCACAAAAAAGAUCAAUAGUUUGCAAAUAGCAAAUGUCUGUCAAAGAUGCAAGUCGAUUAUUGAAUGGAAAAUCAAGUACAAGAAGUACAAGCCAUUGAAGCAGCCUGGAAAGUGUAAUAAGUGUGAUCAGAAGACUGUCAAGCAUGCGUAUCACACAAUGUGUGGGCCUUGUGCCAGAGAGCGAGAUGCGUGCCCCAAGUGCGAACAGAAAGCAUCGUUGGUGCCUGCUCAACCGAGCAAAGAAGAACAGCAACAACUGGAUGCUGAGAUGACUGCCAUGCUCAGAUCUCUGCCAGAGCGCAAGAGAAGAACGUUUAUGAGAUACAUGAAUGGAAAGCAACAUGACAAAAAGAAGAAGAAGAAAGAAAAUAGCAAGCACAAUGCCAAAGUUGGUAAAAGCCUUCUCGAAUAUGAACAAGGUGAAGAGGAAUCAAAAGAAAAGGAAGAUAAUAAUGAUGAUGAUGAUGAUUCAGAUGAUAGCCAUGUUCCAGAACCAAAACAUGUGACUCGUACAAAGCAAGAGUUAUUAGAGAAAUUGAAUUCCUUAGCGAAUAAUGAAGAUGACGACGAAGGUGAUGCAGAUGAAGACAAUUUUGACAGUGAUUCAUCCGAUUAUGACUCUGAAUCUGAUGAAGAGUGAUAAUUUUUACCCACAUAUUUUUCUAUUCUGUACAUAUAUUUUGUUAUGUUGAAAUAUAUAUCUAUACCAGAUGGUAUAAUAUACGUA